AUGAUGAUGGAGCGCAAAGAGACUCUGGAGCACCAUGACCUUGCAUCAGUGAUAGAGGAUGGACGGACUGAAUUGCAUGGAAGUAAUUUGUACAGGGGAAAUUCACCAGGUCCCUGCUUGGACCAUCAUUUUACAGAUGAAUCUUUCUACUGCGUUGGUUGUCUGUCUCAAGGAUGCGCCAGCAAGGAGACGGAGCUGGCGGAGAUUGACCAGCGUCUGCAGGAGGAUGGACUCGGACCUGGGGCCUCGCCAGUGGAGCGCCAGCUCCACCUCUGGCGUCUGUUGCAGAGCAGCGAGAGCAGCCUGCAGUCGACCUCUCAGGACCUGCAGGCUCUGCGGAUGCAGCAGGCGGCUGAGAUGAAAGAGGUGGAGAACUACAUGGAACAUAUUCGUGGCUUGCUGGAGGAGCGGGAGUUGCUGAUGGCAGAGUACGAGCACGAGAAUGAACAGCUGCACUCCGAACUGCAGCAGAUGAAGCUCCAGCACGAUGCCCAGUUGAAGGAGGUAGUGGAGAUGCUGGACCAGGAGGGCUUGGCUGAGAUCAGCUACAGCAGCCCCAGUGAGCAGGUGGCAUACCUGCUGGUGGAAAGAUCCACACUCCUGGAGAGGUUGGAGGCCACUGAUCGGAAGCUUGACACCCAGAGCUUGACAGGUCACCCGAGGGAGAUACCACAAGAGGAGGGUCUGGACCCCAUCGGAAACACCGUGCAGGGGGACGUGCAGCAACAGAAGGAGAGCGAACAGCCUGCCAAGAGUAGUGCAACCAAGGAGCAACCGUCGCCAGCCCACAGCCCUUGGAAGAAGCUGUUCGGAGUUCGCAAGGCAUCCAAGGGCACGAAAAUGGGUGCCUCCGUCCAAGGCGAGGCGAUGCCCGAGGAGCAUGCGGAACGGCAGCGCCUGGAGCGAGAUCUCGACGAGGCUUCCCGUCGGUUGGCCAUGGCCCACCAGGAGAUCCGCCAUCUGACUGACGAGUUGGACUCCGCUAGGAAAACGCAGGCAGUCCAUGAGUCAGAACUAUGCGAAGCUGCCCAGCAGGUGGAGCUGCUCCAACAGGAAGUGGACACGCUGAAAGAGCGAGAUGUUGCGGAGCUUCAGAAAGCCAAGGAGCACAAUGAGAGGCUGGACCAGGAGAUCAGGGCGCUGAGAGGACGGGUUCGUGUCCUGGACUCUGAGAGAAAGACCCUUCUGGAAAUGAUUGAAAAUACUAAAGGAGAUUCACAGCAUGUGACCAGAAUUCCCUUGGAAACAUUGUCACCUUACCUGGGACAGCGGGAGAACAGCGAUGGGUCUCAGGCUGUGUCCACCACGCCCGAGACAGCUCUGACACCUCGAGAUCCCAACCUGGUUCAUAAAAGGUGUCUUCAGCAGCUGGAGGACAAGGACUGUCGUGUGCGUGAGCUGCAGCGGCGAUUGCAGAAGCUGCAGACGGAGCAGGAAGAGCUGGUGGAGCGCAAUGAGGAGCUUGAGUCCCUGCUGGGCGAGGCCCAGAACUUGGGGAAGGCUGAACGCGAACACCAUGAGAGUGAGGUGGAGGGUCUGCAAAGGAAGAUAAAACACUUGGAGGCUAAAUUGGUUUCCCAGGAGUCGCUGCCGAAAAACGGGAAUGUCGGCAAAGAGAUUUGUCCAGAACAGUUGAGGAGCAACGGCCAGGUGCGGCUGGAGGUGUUGGAGGGCCGUCUUGUGGAGGAGAAGGAGUGGAGGAAGCAGCUGGAGUUGGAUCUGGCCAAAGCUCAGGUGGCGAUCAAGACGGACAAGGAGGAGCUCCUCAAAGGUGAGAAGGAGCUGAAGAAGCUAAGACUGGAUGUUGAACGCAUGCAAGAUGAAGCAAAAUCUUUAAAUGCAAGAUUUGCUCAAGUAAAGGGUGAAAAGGAGACUUUAGAAGAAAAGGUCUCUCAGCUUGAGCGUGCCGAGGACUCCCUUCGCCGUGACCUCCACCUGCAGACGACGGCAUGCGAUCGGGCCCAGGAGGAGCUGCGGGCCAGCAAGGGGCAGGCAUCCGAACUGAGCGAUCGCGUGGGACUGCUGGGGUCCGAGGUGUCAGGCCUCCAGAAAGAAUGCGAGAGUCUCAGGGCUCAGCUGGUUGUGGAGCGUGGUCGGGUGGCUGAGCUUCAGGCUCAGGAAGAGCGCCGGGCGCAGGCGGAGCGUGAGCGGUUGAAGCUGGAGCUGCGGCGCCUCAGGGAGGAAUACCAGGGCUCCCAUCCGGAGGAGAGCCAGGCAAAGCCCAAUUCUGGCACCCGGGGGAGAAGCGGUCCUUCUCCGACACCUCCUGUGGACAAUGAGGGCGUAGGGAAUUUGGAUUCGCUGCACGUGGAGGUGAGCUGGCUGCAGAACACCCUGGAGGAGGAGAGACUCCUGGCUCGGCAGAACCAGCUGGCUCUCCAGGCCCAGAUCAGUGAGGCACAGGCCAGGGCCAAGUCCCAAGAUUCCCUGCUUCAGCAGAAGGGAGAGGAGAGCAAGCAGCUGCGGCAGGAGCUGCAGCGCGUUCAAGGCCUCUUCACCUCAGCCGAGAAGGAGCUGCGAUACGAGAGGGAGAAGAACCUGGACCUUAAGAGGCACAAUGCCCUUCUGGACCAGGAGAAGAUCAAGCUUAGUGCCGAGCUGAAGCAGGCCCAGUCCAAGGUGAAUCAGCUGGAGCAGAGCAACCAGGUGCAGUCCACCGAGACAGAGCGACUGCGGCACAGGGUGCGGGAGCUGGAGCUGGAGGCAACCCGCUGUGCCCAGAUUCAGCAGGCCCACGAUGGCCUGCAGGAAGAGCUAAACACAGAGCGGAUCAGAGUCAUAGCCGCUGACAAGAAGGUGCUUGAGCUCCAGCAGCAGGUCAAGAGCCUCCUUCACCAGCUGCGGCUGGAGGAGACGCGUGCGCAGGAGGCCAGCAGGCUGGAGAAGGACAUGAGGGAGAUGUCAGACACGCUUUCCGAGCUCCGGGCCAAGCUGCAGGAGGACCAGCUCCAGAGGAAACUGCUGGAACAGAGGGAGGAGGAGCUUCUGCAGCAGCUGCACUCCCUGCAGUCGAAGGAGGGCGCUGCGAGCCGCUCCAGCUUGGAGCUCGGCCGCCGCCUGAAGCAGCUGGAGACGCGGCUGGAGGUGCUGGAGAGCGAGCGCGCAACUGCCGCGGAAGAGGUACGGCUCAGUCAGAACACGUGUCUCAAUCUCCGGCAGCAGGUGGCCUCCAGCCAGCAGGAGUCUGAGCGACUCCACGAGGAACUGCAGCAGGUUUCCCAGCAACUUGAUGCCCAAAUCAGGAAAUACAACGAAAAGCAGACCCAUCACAAGUUGAAGCUGCGUAAAGCCAAGCAGAUCUACAUCAAGGAGAUGGUGCUGCGCGAUGAGCGGAACCAGAAGCUGGAAAAUGACCUGGCCUUGGCCACCACCCUCUCUGAAAAGGAGCGGGUCUUUACGAGGACGUUCAUGGCGGAGAACGAGAAGCUGCUGCUCGAGAAAGGCGAAUUACAGCGGAGGCUGAACGAGGCCGAGGAGACGGGCAGCAGCAGCUCUCGUCUGGCCUCUGCGGUGCAGCAGAGGGUGAACUUUCUGGAGGAGGAAAACAGGCAGCUCCAGGACAGAACACUGCUGCUGUCCAAUCAUGUGGGAUCCCUGGAGCGAGCCUUGAGGAACGCCCAAUUGGCCUGCAGCAUGGAGGAUGUCAAGAAAAAAUUUCCUUCAGAAAGUUUUCUCCUCACUGACAGCCUUCUGCAAACAGCGCAUCCAAGUAUAGGUGCAUGUGACACACUGAGCAUUGUGGACGCCUUCCGCCGGGUGAAAGUAGCAGCAGAGCAUUCAGAAAGUAGCAAGUGCUCCCUUCCAGCGGCCUCUGCCCAGUCCUCUGAGAUCGGCUACCUGAACCUGACCUCCCCUGUAGCACCGCUUGCCGCACAGGACCUUGAUGGGAGCAUGGGUUUGUCUAGUGGGGAGGUGUGAGGGUCAGGUUACUGCCACAGGGGAGGUGUGAGUGUCAGAUUACUGCCCCAGCGUUCAGAAAAUCAGUUAAAUCCAGUGUAAAGUACCAUAAAAAUCACAAGAGGGCUCAGAUGUGUUUUUAAAGUGGGGAUUCCUAAAGAAAAUCUCUAAAACUGCUGAUGUACUCAGGGUCUGCUGCUUCUUCCUGUUUUUAAAUUGUGAUUAUUAUGGUAUUUUGCAUACUGUAAUGGAACAACAGGAUUUUUAUUGUUUGCCAUUUUGUCAUAAAAUGAGAAAUCUUCUAUAGUAUUUAUAUACAGUGUAUAUGUCUAAAUAAUGAGUUCAGUCACACCGUUAAGCGGUGAUACUGAGGUGCAACUGAGCUCAGCGCAAUCUGACCUGUGGAAUACCCAAUGUGUUUACAUUGCUGGAGCAGCCCUCACACUGCAGCUCACAUGUUCUGCUUUCUCACGAAUCCUGUAUCCGUUUUCCAACGAAACGUAAAAGCCAAAGCAACAGAACAACUGUACAGAGUUUUAUUUAGGCGUGGGACAAAGGUUUACUUUUAUGUUGUGCUGUGUGUGUUUUAUGAACAGGAAUAUAAUAUCUGUUCCAUUGUUACACUGCUAUUGCCACAGUUCUCCAUUACCGUGUACCACAGUAUUUGAUCGACAAUCCCUGUGCUGCAGCACAAAUAUGGGAGACUGAAGCACUUUAUUAGGUAAGGCUUUAUAUCAUAUUUCUGUCCACCUGCAACUUGUACAGAUAAAACCACCCUAAUGCUUGUGGCAUCAGAGCACAGCUUAACCUAAGAGCAGGUAUUGUUGCUGUAUUGAAUACGCGAGAGAGAGUAAAAGCCCUCGUUUCGUGGAGUCUCUCCACAGUGUGUGUACUGACUUACACCCAAAUAGUACAUGAGAAGUUGCAGUUCAAGUGGAAUGCAUUCUUUUCUUGAAGUUGUAUGUCAAGUCUUUUUCCAUUAAAAUCUUAAUAUUCUGGGAAAGAAAUGUUAAGGCCACUUUAAUAAUUAUCCUUUACUACCUUUAUUCUCCUUCCAUAAAAUGUAUUCUCAGCCCGAAGGUACUGAAUACAGAAAUAAUGAGAUAAUCCAAAAGCAUCAAGUAGAUGCAUUAACGUUCCUCCCAUUUCGGUGGCGCAGUUUAUAAGUACUUGGCUAAAAAUGCACAGACGUGUCCUUUGAAGCAGUGUGAUAUUGGACGAUGGUGGUGCUGAUGUACUGUACACCUUUUUGCAGUGAUUGCUGGAUUGACUCCAUUGCUUUGAACAGUGAUUUGUAACACAAUGCAGGGAAAUGGUGCCAGACUGAGAUUUGAAAGUUGGACAAAAGUGUAAGAGCUUGCACUGGCAUACAAGUGCAUUACAGCAGGACUGAUGCAUUAUGGGUAGCAUGGCUGCCACUGUGGUAGCUGUUGGUAAACCCCAGCUAGCAAGUUUUGGAGGAGAGAGAAUUUACAGGUGGUAGGCAUAUUUUUUGAAACAUACAAAGGCCUCUUCACCUUUA